AUGUCGGAGAGAAAAGUGCUCACCAAGUACUAUCCGCCCGAUUUCGAUCCGAGCAAAAUCUCGCGCGCGCGCAAGCCCAAGGAUGCCGGCCCCAAGGUUCAAACCGUUCGCCUCAUGGCCCCCUUCUCGAUGAAGUGCAUAUCGUGCGGAGAGUUCAUCUACCGCGGCCGUAAAUUCAACGCGCGAAAGGAGGUCACGGACGAGACGUAUUAUGCCAUCAAGAUCAUCCGCUUCUACAUUAGAUGCACCAGAUGCUCCGCAGAGAUUACCUUUAAAACGGAUCCGAAACAUAUGGAUUAUACCUGCGAACGGGGCGCGAAAAGGAACUUCGAACCAUGGCGCGAGGAGAAGCUGAACCAGGAGACGGAUGAAGAGCGUUUGGACCGACUGGAGCGCGAGGAGGCCGAGCGGGAUGCUAUGGCUGAGCUAGAGACGAAGACACUGGACGCCAAGACGGAAAUGCAAAUCGCAGACGCCCUGGACGAGAUCCGCACCAGGAACGCAAGGAUCGAGCGCGGCGAGUUUGCCGCCGAGGCCAGAGUGGAGAAGGACCCGCGCGAUGCUGAGAGGGAAAGGCAGGAGAAGGAGGACGAGGAGACUGCCAGACGCGCCUUCGAGACCGCCAGCGGUGAGCGUGUGCGCCGAUUGGAUGAGACGGCCGCAGACGACGAGCCGGAAGCUUCGUCUUCCUCCGCUGCUGCGGACUCGGUUGCCAUGCCUCCCCCUUCGUUCAAGAGGACGGUUAAGAAGAAGAAGGACUUUGGUGCUGCCCUGGGCAUCAAGAAGAAGUCGCUGGUCUGA